GCUACGUUAGCUGAGUUUAUCCUCUUCCAGUCUAGCUACUAUCGUUGAUGUCCUUGUCCCGUCAGUCUCACCGGAGACAUGGACACCAAAAUGUUUCAGCUGAGGUCGUUUGUUCAUCAGCGGCUGUACACGGCAGCAGAGGAGAUCCUCGGAGAGGUGGAGAAAACCAUCACGUUAGCUUUGUACGAAGCCGAAGUUAGUCGAUCUAAAGAGGAGGAGGAAAGUCUGCGGCACCAGCUAACGGUAGACCUCCAGCGAAAGAGACCAGCUGCAGAUCCUUCACUGACCAGCAGCACAGAGGAACAUGGAGAUACAUGUGAGACUCCACUGCUGCAGGAGAACCCAGGACCCUCAACACCAGAGGAGUCCAACUUUAGUCUGAGUGUUGAGGACCCGGGACCCUCUCAAACCAGCACAGAUGUGGACACUAAGAACUGGAACUUCUGUUUGGUUCAGACAAACUUCAAGAUUUCGCAGAUAAAAGAGGAGCAGGAGGAAAUUAGGACUGACAGUCAAACACAGGAAAUGUUUUUUGUGAAAAGCGAGCAAGAUCAGCCGGAGGUUUCAUUCGAAAUGCAGCCACUCUCGUCAGACUUUUCUGCAGCUCAAAGUGGCAACAACGACAGCGAUGAGGAGUUGGCGAAAAGCAAAGGAGAACAGACCAAAACUGUGAAGAGGAAAGGAAACUUACUGCAAAGUGGCAGCAUUGCUGAGAGGGACCGAGCAGAUUUGCCUCAUGACAAAAGUUCUGCUAAAAGCGAAAAAGAACGCAGUUUUUGCCAUUUUUGCGGCAAGGGAUUCCAGUACAUCGGCUCUUUGAUGAAGCACAUAAAAACACACGAGAACAAUUUUGAUUGCACUGUUUGUGGGAAAACAUGCCAGUCUACCCAGGAGCUGCUAAUUCAUGUGAGAGGUUGCCACAACAAAACAUAUUUUUGUGACGCUUGCGGCAAGACUUUUGCCAAUAUCCGUUGUCUCCGACUGCAUGAAAGAAUACACACAGGCAUUAAAGAGUUUAUGUGUCAAGAAUGCGGCAAGACAUUUUACAGACGGGAGCACCUGAUCGUGCAUGUGCGGACUCAUUCUGGGGAAAAACCGUAUCACUGUGAUAUUUGUGGUAAAGCAUUCAGUCAGAGCCAGAACCUUACAAUUCAUAAAAGAAGUCAUUCAGGCGAGAAACCGUAUCAGUGUGGCCUCUGUGGCAAACUUUUUAACACAAGCAGUCACCUCAAAACACACAUGAGAUACCACUCAGGAGAAAAACCGUACCCAUGUGAUAUUUGUGGUAAACGUUUUCGCCAAAGCGGACAGAUGACGAGACAUCGGACCACACAUACAGGAGAGAGGCCAUACGGCUGCCAUGUUUGUGGUAUGAGAUACAGGUUUGCACCGAAUUUGAAGGUGCACCUGCAGACUCACGAAAAGGCAGCUGCUGAGUGAAACAGGGAAAUGAACUCGGCAGACCAGCUCAGACCUCCGUUAUAAAUCAUAUAUACUGGUAAGGUAGAUUAAUUUUGAAGAGCAGUUGGGAGAAGUCCUUUACUUGUUAUAAAAAACAAACAAACAAUGGAAAUAUGUUCAUGAAGCCCUUUAGGUUUCUGUUUAUAUGAGCUCCGUGCUGGAAAAAAUGGGUAACUGUUCAAGGUAAAACCAUUAUUUUGUAUAUCAUUCUGUGUAACGUCUUCUUAGUAUGAAACCAAGUUUCCACAAGGGGGGACAAUAAAGUUUAAUAUCCUGAAA